AUGAUCGUCACUCGCGCCAUCUCCCUCACCAACUUCAUGGUCGCCAGCUCAGCGCUCGGCUUCCAAGUCUUCGUCCUCUACCCCUGGCACAAGGAGCUGGACGCCGGUUUCGAAGAGCUCAAGAGGGAGCACUUGAAGGUUCUGGAUGCGGUGGGGCACAGUCUGGCCAACGAGGAGCGCAAGGCCUUUUCGGACAAGUUUAAUGAGCUCAAGGCCUCAAACUCGAGAAGUAUCUACAUGGCCGCCGAAGCUUCAUCGAAAUCUGUCAAGACCGCAGCUGCAUCUGCAUCCGCAACGGAAACGUCAGCAGCACCUAGCAAGAUCGUAUCCACCACCCGAGGCCUGGACGCCUCUACCUACGCCAGAUAUGCCCUUGCCGGCGCCUUCUGCUGCUCCUUUACCCAUGCCAUCCUGACGCCAGUCGAUGUGUAA